AUGCUCAAGGGCCUCCCAACCACCGCCCACGAUGCCCCCGUGCAGCCCCCGCGCCGCCGUGUGUGGAGACUGCUCCUCGUAGUCAUCUCCCUCGCCGUCCUCCAGUCCACCACCAACGUCUUCUACGCGCAGAGCUCAACCCACACGUCAGAAGUCCCGCUCAACGCUCAGGAGAUUCUCGACAAGUGCACACUGCUCAAUGUCAAGCCGGGGCCGCCCCCGGACUUCAAUCUGCGCAAGCAGUCGGACCGCUUCGUCGCUGGCACGCCUCCCACUCUCAUCAAGAACGCGUCUAUCUGGACUGGACGAGUGGACGGGCUUGAAGUCCUCCAUGGGGAUGUGCUGCUCGACGGUGGGCUCAUCAAGCGCGUCGGACACAUUGAGCAAGACGUACUGGAGACAUACGAUGACUUGACCACUAUUGACGCCGCUGGUGCUUGGGUGUCACCUGGUAUCGUCGACCUCCAUAGCCAUCAGGGAGUCGACUCGAGCCCUGAGCUUCGGGGUUCUGAUGACACGAACUCGCUCAAAGGAGUGGCACAACCAUGGUUGCGCGCUCUGGAUGGCCUCAACACCCACAGCGACGCGUAUAAACUAAGCAUUGCUGGUGGUCUCACCACAGUGCUUGUGUUGCCGGGGUCUGCCAAUGCGAUAGGCGGACAGGGUGUCGUCAUCAAGCUGCGCCCGACCGACGCUAGGACACCCACGGGACUCAUGCUCGAGAGCCCGUGGGAGAUCAAUGGCACAGUGUACGAUCCGUCUCUCAGCUUGCGCUGGAGGCAGAUGAAACAUGCUUGCGGCGAGAACCCAAGCCGAGUAUACGGUUUCACGCGUAUUGACACGACCUGGUCAUUCCGACAGGCUUAUGAAACGGCUCGUAAAAUCAUGGUCUCUCAGGACGAGUACUGCGCCAAGGCUACUUCUGGCGAAUGGUCUGGCUUGGGCGCGUUCCCGGAUGAUCUCCAGUGGGAGGCUCUCGUCGAUGUCCUCAGAGGACGCGUGAAGGUCCACAACCACUGCUAUGAGACCGUUGAUCUGGACGAUAUGGUGCGCCUCACGAACGAAUUCAAGUUCUCUAUUGCUGCGUUCCAUCAUGCGCAUGAGACGUAUCUCGUUCCGGACACGCUGAAGAAGGCUUACGGUCAUCCGCCUGCUGUCGCGCUCUUCGCGUCUAACGCGCGAUACAAGCGUGAGGCUUACCGCGGAUCCGAAUUCGCACCUCGGAUCCUCGCGGAAAACGGACUGUCGGUGGUCAUGAAGUCGGACCAUCCUGUUUUGGACUCUCGCUUCUUGCUGUAUGAGGCCCAGCAGGCACACCACUACGGUCUGCCGGCGAACCUCGCGCUGGCUUCCGUGACGAGUACGCCUGCAACGGUCAUGGGCAUGGAUCACCGCAUUGGGUUCAUCAAGACCGGGUAUGACGCGGACAUCGUCCUGUGGGACAGCCACCCCCUUGCGCUCGGUGCGACGCCAAAGCAAGUGUGGAUCGACGGCAUAGCCCAGCUCGAGCACCCGUAUACCGUGACGAAGCCCUCCGCCGCGCAGCACGUCCCCGAGAGGCCGAACUUCGACAAAGAGGCAGAUGCCGCGCUCAAAUACGAGGGCCUCCCGCCGCUCGAGCCGGUGCACGCGAACUCGAACUUCAUCGUGUUCCGCAACGUGAGCAGCGUAUAUCGGCGCCAGGGCCAGAGCGUCAAGGAGGUCUUCCGCGCGUCCGCAGAGGGCGAGGAGGGAGUCGUUGUCACCGCGGAUGGUAAGGUCGUGUGUGCUGGGUCGAUGGUGGAGUGCCCGUCGAGCCUCUAUGGAAACCACGCCGAGAUCUUGAACUUGGAGGGCGGGGCGGUGGCGCCUGGUCUGGUCACGUAUGGCUCUCCGCUUGGUCUGGGAGAUAUCACGGCGGAGCGCUCGACUAUCGACGGGUAUGCGCUCGACCCGCUGACGGACGAGAUUCCGAAGAUCAUUGGCGGUGACAGUGCUGUCGCCGCCGCGGUUGACGGUCUUCAGUUUGGCACCCGUGAUGCGCUGUUGGCGUACCGCGCGGGUGUCACGACUGCCAUCGUUGCGCCAGAGUCGUACGGCUUCCUCUCGGGCCUGAGUACGGCUUUCUCUCCGGGUGCGAAGCACAAGCUGGAGAAGGGCGCAGUCGUUCAGGCCGCUGCCGCUCUGCACAUCGGUAUUCACUACGGCGCGGGUCCGAGCGUAAGCACGCAGAUCUCGGCUCUCCGCGCCCUCCUGCGUGCGGAAGUCAAACGACCGCUGGGCAACCUCGUCAAAAAGGUGAAGAAGGGCGAGAUGACCCUCGUUGUGGAGGUUGAGAGCGCGGAUAUCAUGGCGUCGCUCAUCGAGCUGAAGAAGGACAUCGAGGAGAGGGAGGGCAGCACGAUCAAAAUGACCUUCGCAGGCGCAAGCGAAGCGCAUCUGCUCGCGAAGGAGAUCGGCGAGGCAGACAUCGGUGUGCUCCUCACUCGCCCUCGUCCCUUCCCGGGUACUUGGGAGCAAAGAAGAAUCAUGCCCGGCCUCCCUCUGUCCGAGACAAGUGCCAUCACCGCUCUCAUUGAUAACAAUGUCACCGUCGCCAUUGGUAUCGAGGAAGCAUGGCAGGCUCGCAACACGCGGUGGGAUGCAUCAUGGGCUGCGCUGGAGAGUGGUGGAGAGAUCACCAAAGCAGAGGCACUCGCGCUCGCCUCCGUGCACGUCGAGAAGUUGCUUGGCGUCGAGGUCGACGACAUCGAGAGCGACCUCAUCGCCACGCAGGGCGGGGAUCCGCUGGAGUUCAGCAGCAAGGUAGUGGGUAUCAUCUCGCCCCGCAGAGGCGUCGUAGAUCUACUGUAG